UAAGUCAACAAAAUUUAUUAAAAAAAUGUCAUUUUCGCUAGAUUUGUAUUGUAAUACCAUUUAUAACCUUCUAUAUACAAGAAUUACUGCAAUGUGCAACAUAUUUUUGAUUGGAUCGUCAUUUUUCUUCAAACGAAAUUCAUCAGAAAAUCUUCUAAUGCCUGUAUCUCAGUUCAACCAAAACCGAGUUGUUACAAUAGUCUUCCUUACAGGGGUCGAUGUGUAUAGUGUCAUAGUGUAAAAAAUGAUAUGAAGGUUAUGAUAAAAGACUAGAUGUUAGCGCUUGGCGAUAAGUUCUAUACAUUUGUGGCCAUUUUCGUUUUGUGAUGGCCCGUGACGUUUAUUGUCGUUGGAUGUUUUGAGGUCGUUCCUCCUCGUUCCCUGACGUUUAUUGUCGUUGGAUGUUUUGAGUUCGUUCCUCCUCGUUCUAAUGUUCUGUGCGCCUGUUGGCCGUUGUUGUUGGGCAAAGCAACAAGUUAGUGCAGAACAAGUACUAUUUUUUAGAAGAAUAUUGCCACAUCAAACAUCAGGUAUACAGGUGAAUUGAAAUUUAAACCAUGUCACGAAGACGAAAUCGUAAUCAUAAUAACCCAAUAAGAACACCUGCAGAUAUAGAUCGACAGAUAGCUGAUAUGGAUAGAAUGAAUGUAUGCAUGGAAUUAAAAAAGCUUCUAGUUUAUGCAUUUGAAAGAAGAGUAUAUAGGCUAGACUCAAGUUCCAAAGAUUAUUUGUAUUUUUGUCUUGCGAACUACUUUGCUCUAAAUGAAAGUUCUUAUGAGAGUUUUGGUAAUGUCCUGGAUCUUAUGCCCUUGGAAAUACUUUCCCAGAAAACUGCUAAAUGUCUUUCCUUCAUGCCAGGGGUGCAUAAAGAGGUGUUAGAACUCCUUGAAAUAAAGUGUGAGGCUCAUCCACAUCAGACUAGAGUAAUAUCCAUGGUUAUUGAUGAAUUUCCCAUAACACCUUGGGUGGUAACAUUUGCUGGUAGACUUUAUGGUGUAGAGGAUGAUGGAGUUAACCAAACAGACAUCCCUGCUAAGUUUGUCACGCAAAUAUGGAUCACAUCUCUAGCAGGCAUUUGGGUAACCCCAUUGGCCUACUAUUUCACUAGCCAACCCGCUACAGCAUCUCAACUGAAAAGUUAUAUCUUUGAAUGCAUCACCAAGUUAAAAUCAAUAGAUUUGGAUGUCGUUGUGGUCAAUACAAAGCUAAGAAUUAACUUUUUGGAACUCUCAGAAUUGUUGGGAGUUGGACCAGACAAACAAACAUUCAAGGUGGAAAACAGCGAAGUAGUCUUCAUGUUUGAUGCGUCCCACAUGAUGUGUGUGACUCGUAAUAAUUUGAUGAAACAUUCUUUAAAAAUGGAAGAUGGAGGAGAGACCUCCUGGAAACACAUUAAAACGUUUUUUGUUAAGGAGUCUGGGAGUGAUAAAAAAAACACAAAACUAACAGAGUCCCAUAUCAAACCGAAUAAGUACGAACGUACUUUGCCAGCUUUAGCUAUAGACGUGUUAAGCAACACUGUAGCCAUAGAAAUGAAAGCAUAUGUAGAAUCUGGGAAAUUGUCUAAGGAAGUAUUGGCUACCGCUGAGUGCAUCUCCAUAUUUGACAGGUUGCUUCAUAUGCUAAAUUCAGUACACGAAUCAUCUGUUAACGAGUAUGCCAGUGGUUACAAGGCCACAAAACAACAAACAGAAUUUCUAGAAAAAGUCAUUCGAUUCCUGCAAACCCUAAAAGUUUACGAUAACAAGGGUGAAGACAAAACUGGUGAAGUUAAAUUCGUUAACGCCUGGUUGACUACCGUAAGAGGUUUGAUGAAACUGUGGGAAUAUGUCAAAGAAAGAGAAUACGAAUUUUUACUUACUGGGAACAUAAGCUCCGUACCAUUGGACAAGUUCGUUAAUACAUGCAGAUUGAUUAUGUUUGGCUACAAUAAUCCAUCGCCUUUGGAAUUACUCAGUAGCUUCAGGGAUGUGUCUGUUGCAUCUUAUUUCACAUUUGAAACCCCACUUCCUAUGGAAGAUAUGGAUAUAGAAACACUUGCACUGUUGGUUUAUAAGAGAAUCCCAGCUGUUCGCCACAAUUUGGGCAAUCAGUCGCAGCAAAGCUUAGUCAGUAUCGAUAGGGAGGAAUGUAUAACGAUGAUGCUAGAAAGGCUCUGUCUCGAUAUGAGAUUCUGAUAUUUCCACUCUAUUAUCUCUAGUUAUUGAUGGCUUGAUGGUAAUAUUAAUUCUGUUAAGUCUAUUUUUUUUACUUUUUAUUCGAAUAUUAUUAACUGUCAGUAACAUAUUAUUGUAUUUUAUUGUAUAUUUUUUACUUCAUGUUGGAUUAUAUCAUGAUUAUCAAUAGUAAUGUCAGUUUCACAUUUAUUUGUUACCAUCUAGGAAAUGACAUCCUGCAGGAAUAAUUAGGUUCUGUAUGAAUAAGUGCUCAGCCAUAAAAAUUAUAUUUUUGUACUGAAUAAAAUGUUCUUUAUAUCA